AUAUGGAGAUUGCCCGUGACGUCAGGAAAUGCAGCGACUAUAAAUGGGCCAGUGCCCCUCAGCUGCCGCCAUUGUCCUUCCUUUCGAGCUGUCGGGAAGGCGAGCCCCACAAGGCUGAGCCUGGCUGUGAGACCUCUCCUUAGGAAAGCCUGGGCACAGACGGAGGACCCCACGGCAGCCGACCCGAAGAGCCCGAAGCAGAAGCAGCCGAGGCGCCGAGCCCGCCGCCGCCACUGCCUCCCCAACAGCUUCGCCACCUACUUCCCCAGGGUUCUGAAGCAGGUUCGCGAGGGCCUGAGCCUCUCGCAGAAGACCGUGAGCGUCAUGGAUUCGUUCGUCAAGGACAUCUUCGAGCGCAUCGCCGACGAGGCCUCUCGCCUGGCCCGCUCCACCAAGCGCUCCACCAUCACCUCCAGGGAGAUCCAGACAGCCGUGCGCCUGCUGCUGCCGGGGGAGAUUGGCAAGCACGCCGUGUCCGAGGCCAGCAAGGCCGUCAUCAGCUACACCCUCCGCCAAUGGGCUGCCUCCGGACCGCCUGACCACCUCGCAAACCAAAGGCUCUUUUCAGAGCCACCUCACUUGGCCCAGAAAGACCUGUAA